AUGGCUGAGGGAGAUUAUUACACUAUGGGGAGCCGCCAGCGCUUUCCCCGGGACCCGUUCUGUGAGUCUCCCUUCAGAGAGCAGUCUCCAUUCCGGGACCAGUCUCUCGCGUCUCGCUUCAUGAACGAGGACUUUGGGAUGUCUCCUUUCCCCGAUGACCUCGCUAUGGAAUGGCCUGGCUGGGCACGGCCUGGUCGCCUCAGCACACGGAUAGGACCCAUGCCCUUUAGUGGUGGUCUGCGCACAGGUUUCCCCGCGCGUCCGUCUUCGGGAGGACCCGCUCUCUACACGAGCAGAUACGGGGAGCCCUCGUCACAUAACGCACCCACCGCCACCAAUGGAGAGCCCUGGAAGGUGUGCGUAAAUGUGCACAGCUUCAAGCCUGAGGAGCUGCAGAUCCGAACCAAAGAGGGCUUUGUGGAAGUGUCAGGAAAACACGAAGAACAACAGGAAGAAGGAGGCAUAGUGACAAAGAAUUUCACCAAGAAAAUACAGAUCCCCAUAGACGUGGACCCAGUGACGGUGUUUGCCUCCCUGUCUCCAGAGGGCGUGCUCAUCAUCGAGGCGCGACAGACACCUCCCUAUCACCUGUUCAGCAACGACGACCUCCUGCCCGACCACACAGAGCACCCUGAGGCCCUCCCACCAACAGAGGCCCCCAUGCUCUAA